AUGUCUUUUCCGGGACGAAAUUUGCAACGUUGCUGGCAUCUCGUAGACGCGAAGGAUCAAAUAGUAGGACGUCUUGCAUCCCAAGUCGCCGCAAUCCUACGAGGAAAGCACAAACCCACCUUCAAGCUCAACAAGGACAUGGGUGACACAGUUGUCAUUGUGAAUGCUGAUAAGGUGAACUUCACAGGAAAGAAAUGGAAAGAUAAAUUGUACCGAUGGCACACAGGUUAUCCUGGAGGGCUGAAGGAACGUCCGGCCCAAGCCAUGCUGGAACGCAACCCCACCAUGAUCCUUCGCAAAGCGAUUCUUGGAAUGCUGAUGGGUAGACAGAAGAAGCUCAUUCACGGCUUCAUUGAACCGCGGCUAAAAAUAUAUGCCGGUAGUUCACACCCCCAUACGGCGCAGCUUCCG